AUGGUGACCACAAGGAACAAAAACUACAGCCAUGAAAACGCCCUUCAAAAAACGGCCGGAUUGGAUUUGGCGACAGAGCCUAUCGAUUUUCGACGAGCAAGAUGGGCGCAUCUUCUUCGUACGCAAGAUUAUAAACCCAUCGUUUCCGAAGUGCUCGAGGAAGAGCUACCCAAAUACGCACGCAGUACGGCAAUCAACGUGAACAACCGUAUCGCGUAUAUCGCAGAAUGUGCAAAUAUCCUCGCUUCAGCCUCGCCGGUCUUCGCCUCGGCAGUAGAAGGUGACUUGGUGCGGCAGAUGAAAACUGACGCUAGCUUACAGCAAGAAUAUGACCUCAUAUGGGAGGCGGCGCGCAAUCAGCCGUCCAUAUAUAUUCACCAGUUGGCCGACUGCGAUGGUAUACCGCCGACUCCCAAUCAAUACCUUGCUAUACGCGACUACGUAGCCGACUACAUCGAUGACAGCAAAGUUUCGGAAUACGCAUGGCAAAUAGACACGAUCACUCAUCCGCCGGUGACAAAGCAGAAGUCAGCGAGUGGUCGUCGCAAGUAUCUAGAAACUUCCGCCUGCGAGCGCUGGACGAAGCGUGUAAAAAAUCUCAAGCUUUUCUGCCAAGGUGUUCUGAAACGUUGGCACGAGACGCCAGCAUCGCUGCGUGAUACACCUUUCCGCUAUCCUCCAAGCGAGUGUGGAUAUUCGGCACGCUUACAUGAACGUAUAGAAGAGCACCGUACUCGACAGUCUUCCAAUUCCGUGAUGAAUCUCGUUGAAGACAUAUGCACCUAUCUGCAUAACACCGGCAUCUUCAAACAGCACUUUAGGAUGCAUCCAUAUGUCAUCUACCUCAUCUUCAGGCCAGAGCAAGCAGUCAUAGCGGAGAUCUUCUGCUCCGGACUGCUCCAAGUCUGGGUGAAGAUUGGCGGCGGCUUCAAUGCGUAUCACGCCGGACGCAGUGUCCACUCUGCGAGUACAGUAAGUGGCGAAAAGUGGGCUUCAUACGAGCAAAACGCCAGGCUGAACUCCCCUCUCAUUGCGAACAUGAGGAUGCAGCAGCUCGAUGCGGAUGAAUGGCGACAAGCACUUGCAUUAAGAGACGAGAACACGGCAGACUCAGAGAAGAGAGAGUCUGCAAGUCAGGAGGAAAAUUAUUGCAUAACAUUCGAACACCCACGCUCAUAUCCAGCUGCCCUCCUCAAAAAGCGCCACACCCUCCCCUCCCAUCUCCACAUCUGCGUCGAGCGACCAAGUCGACACGCAAUACGCUCAUCACGAGGCUUCAACUACAAUGCCCUCAACAGUUCCAGCAUCGAAGCCCAUUUCCAGCGCAACAUCGCAUCGAGCUUCAUCUCGCUGUACGAGAGCGAAGCCACAGCCUCGAGGAAACAUCCUCACACGGACAAACUGGGCGAAGACCCGCGGUCAUUCGAUGCUGCCAAAAUGGCCGUUGAUACCAGUGGCCUGACAGCGGCAUGGGUGAGCGUAGACAAAGACGUCCGUCUCCCGGUAUGGUUUGACAAGGACAAACGGGGGUCUGAUAACGUAGACGAUGAAGAGGUAUUGUGGUUUUGCCUUCAAGAGCUGAAAACCGUACUACAAGUAGAUGAGAAGCUAGGGGAGAAAGACGAGUGGCUUGCCUGUGGGUUCAUUCCCAGAAGUAGAGUGGUUGCUCGUCCUGAUUCACUGAAUGAGGAAUACCCAGAGGGGGUGGUCAACGACAAGGAAAUAGAAGAGGAUUACAGACAGGCUCGCCGCGACCGCCAACGCAUCGAAAGGGAAAGGCUUCCACUCGAGCGGCAGGAAUUCGAGCACAGACUCAAGAAGACACUGUCGUCAGGCUUUUUGAAUGCCCCUCAGAUCCCGAGUCGGAAGAGCUCUCUUGCCUCGGUGGCUGGUAAAGCUGUGAGUCAGUCUAAGAAGAUAGGUAGCGCAGCUUCAAAGAUUCGCAUAGAAACUCGCGACGUAUCAGUCUCGCUAACGAACGCGGAUCCACGGCGCGCAGCGUCGCUCAUGAAGUAUGCGUUGUUGCUGGCGCAUGAAAAGAGGUUUGAAGCAGAGGAAUCUUGGCUUUCGGAGACGACUCGUUUAGCUGGGGGUGUCGAUCGAGGGGAUAGUACGAGGACAAUCGAUGAUGGGGGUUGUAAAGAGAGACAAAGCGGUUUGCCAGACCGUGAUACUGGGGCUUACCUGACGCCGCCGGAGUCACUGAACGGCUCAUCUGGACGACGGGAUACGCGUGAGCGGAGGGGUCGUGAUGGUACUGACAAUCCAGUCGCGCGACAAGAUGACGAUCAGUCAGUCCAGGAGAGAGGAAGACGUCUGCGUCGCUCUGCCGCCCCAUCGCCCUCGCAGUCCCUGCUAGGACAUCAUCUCGAAGGAGGCAAAGCGUCUUCGCUUCGACCCCUUCGUUCGCGGCGCGACCUCCUCCUGGAACUACAAUCAGACGAAGACUCUGUUCUACGAGAAUACGCAAGGGUCAGUCUGCAAGACCCCUGUGCCCACCACCGUGUCCGCCAUGAUACGCCUAGCGGCGCAAGGUCAACAUCUACGGCGCGAGGCACCCGGCAACCACCCAACUACACCGCCCACGAUGCAGGCAACGAGGAAUCCAAGCCACCAGCUCCAUCCGUCUACUCCACCAUGUCGUCUCUCUCCUCCCUGUCCGACCUCGCGCAUGCUACCAUCGAGGAGGCCACGUAUGCUUCUGUCCAUCCCGGCUCCGAUGUUAGAGAGAUCGAGAUACAGAGUAAGAAGUCUGGGUCGUCUUCUGUAUCUGCGGCGGCGAGGUCAGGCGAGGAGGAGAGGGGACGGAGUAGGAAUGGACGGCGACAAUCCUCGGAAGGAAGGGUUUCGGGGGUAGCCGUAGAGGAACCAGCGGAAGAGGAUGUGGAACCUUUCCCUACUUUUGAUCCGAUGGUACCAGAGCACACGGAACGUGGAGCGCCCGCCCUGCCUUCACGACCUGGGAAAAGUGGUCCUGCAGCAUCAACACCAGCGCCCCUGACACCUUCACCAGUGGUUUUGAAAUCCGAAUCAUUCUUCACCAGAAGCAGGAAACGGCUCGAGAACCGCAAAGAUGUUUCUGAGCGUUUAGCAGAGGUGAGAGGACAUCAGGCCGCUCAGAAAACGAAGGUCAAGAAGGAUAUCUGGGAGUUGACUGGGUGGAGGUCUGGUGAGAAGAAGGAUGACAAGAAAGAUGGAUUGAAGUGA